AUACACAAAUUUCACUUAUACCCAUUAUGGCUCCAAAUUUCAACACUUCGGAUUCACUGUAUGAUUUUGUUGUCAAAAAUGGCAAUGGUGUAAAAGGCCUAAUAGACUCAGGUUUAUCAGAGGUGCCAGAAAGGUACAUACAACCGGAAGAAGAAAGAAUCAAGAAAGUAAAAACAAAAAGACAUGAUGUUUCACCAAUUGACCUAUCAAAACUUAGGGGUCCAGAUCACAAGAAAGCGUUGGAUGAAAUUGUUAGAGCAGCUGAGACACUUGGAUUUUUUCAAGUGGUGAAUCAUGGUAUCCCUUUGGAGUUGCUGGAAUCUCUCAAAGAUUCAGCUCACAAGUUCUUCAACUUGUCACCUGAGGAGAAAUCUCUAUUUUACCCUGGGGUGAGUCCAAGUACAAAAGUGAAAUAUGGAACAAGUUUUGCACCUGAGAAAGAAAAAGCAUUAGAAUGGAAAGAUUAUAUUAGUAUGGGAUAUACUGAUGAUCAUGACGCUCUCCAAUAUUGGCCUAAUGAAUGCAAGGAAGUUGCACUCGAUUAUUUAAAGUUAUCAAGCACGAUGGUAAGGGACAUAGUAGAAAUCUUGAUAGAGAACCUUGGAGUGAGAGUAGAAGAGUCAAGAAUUGAGGGUAUUAUUGGAAUGAAGAUGGUUAACAUGAACUAUUACCCAUUAUGCCCAAAUCCAGAUCUCACUGUUGGAGUAGGGCGUCACUCAGACAUGGGAACCAUCACUGUACUUCUCCAAGAUGGCAUUGGUGGUUUAUAUGUCAAACUUGAUGAACAUAAUAAUAAUCAUAAUGAUGUAGAGUGGCUUGAAGUUCCACCAAUUCCUGGUGCUCUAGUCAUCAACAUUGGAGAUACUAUUCAGAUUCUGAGCAAUGGAAAGUAUAAGAGUGCUGAACACAGAGUAAGGACAACAAGCACUGAAUCAAGGGUAUCAAUUCCAGUGUUUAUUUUUCCCAAACCUACCGAGAAGAUUGGGCCAUUGGAAGAGCUUGUGAAGAAAGAAGGGGUGGCUCGUUAUAGGGAAGUUAUGUUCCAAGAUUACAUGAACAACUUCUUUGCCAAUGCUCAUCAUGGAAAGAAGUCCCUUGAGUUUGCAAAAUGAACUUAAGUUUAUAAAUAUGAUUCAUUUAAAUUCUCGAUUUUUUUUAAAUAACUAUUUUGAUCUAUGAAAUUGCACUUUAUCUAUUAUUUUACAUCGGCUAUGUCAAGUGUUACUUGUCAUAAUCUAUUAGCAAAAUGUUAAUCACAAUAUUAAAUGAGAGAUAAAGAGCAAUUUCAAAGAUCAAUAUGGUCAUUUUGGAUUUUCGAGAACUAAAAUGAAAUUAUGUCCACAAAGUUGUGAAAGAAAAUAAACUUCUACUUGAAUCUUUUUAUUUCACAUUAAUAAUUUCUAGGAAGUGGAUAUUAAUUAUUACUUUCAAUUUGAUGAUAUUAUUCUCAAUUAGGAGAUUUUAUUUACAAUAGAAUCUUAUCAAAUAAUAAAGAAUGACAUUUUAAAAAAUUAAGAAAGAGUAGUAAUAUCCACUCUCUAGUUUCUAUUAUAUCUAAGUAAUACUAAACUACUUUGAACAGUACGUACUAAGUUAAACUGUUCCAUUAAGACGUUCUUCAACGAUGAAUCGGAAGCUUCUCUGCUUUCUUUUCCAGAUUAUGUAUGUUUUAUGAAUUAGACUAUCACUAAUAAACUAGGCAGUACUCUCUACAUCCAAUGAGCUAGUAUUAACAAUAUAUAAGUACUGCCUCUCCUCAUUUGAAAAAUUGGAACUGUUCUUUCUUGCUUAGAAGACGGUUUUGUUGGGGUACUGAGCCUUUGCUUUAAUUUUUUUGGCAUGAUGUUUGGUCACUACGGGGAAGAAUCUAUGAUCUUUUGCCUUACAUUUAUGGUACGAUUUUGAUUUAGUUAUUCAUGAUGUGCGGGUGAAUAGAAGGUGGGAUUUCAGCAACGUUAAAUUUUGUUUAU